AUGUUCUCUUUUCCCAGCUCCAACAGGGGAAAGCGUCGCGACGACCGCCUUCUCCCACUCACCGACUUCAAGGUCGGUCCAUUCAAGAUUCGCAGCUCGAGCAACACACCCAGUAGCGAAUGUGAAUACACUGCGCUCACGUCAUCAACGGAGACCGCAGUCGAUAUCCCGCUAGGUGACCAGCACUCUUCACGGCGCCAUUCAGCAUCUUCACUUGAUCAAUUCAAUGACGUCCCGUCACCGCCACCAGGCUAUAAGCCGCCAUCAUACUACUCAACGUUGUUGGGAGCGACACAUCGUCGAGCAAAGAGCCCUUCGCGGCGGUGCAAGAUUCUCACGCUGGCCGGCAUCAUUCUACCAUGCUUAUACAUCUUCUGUUACAUCACCUUCCGACCACCGCACUACGUUGUGCUUCCACCAGAGAGAUACGUCGAUGUUCUCAGAGAGACAUUGACACAACACAUUCCCAGCCAACAAGCACGAGACGGUCUGCUGGCUCAACUUGCUCGUAUCGAGCACCCAGACGUCAGCGAAGCCAAGCACGCAUCAGCGAAGCCAGCGGAGGCAUCAACACCUUACAUCCCGCACUCUAUCGUUCCUCCGACGAUUUGGUCUUCGGAUGGCAAGCCCGCGCCCGCAGCCUGGUCCACCAAAUGGACGCAGAUGGGCUUUGAGCCCAAGUUCCUCAACGAUGCUGGCGCCGAGAAUUGGAUUCAGACUCACUUCGCCAACUCCUCAGUCAAGCAAAUGUGGGACUCGAUGCCGCGCUUUAUCCUCAAAGCGGACCUCUUGCGCUACCUCCUCAUGCUAGAGGAAGGUGGGACUUGGAGCGACAUGGACACGGUCCCACUCAUGCAUCGCACCGAUUGGACCAAGGACGCUGUCCCGAUAGCGGUGCUUCCCGAGGAUUCAGGCGUCUUUGGCAGGGCUGGUUCCGCCACCAUCAGGGACUCAACAGCUGCAUCAUCUCCGGAGCCCGUACGUGCAAUCAUCGGUAUCGAGAACGACCCUAACGAAAAUUACGAUCCACGCAACUUCUUCGAGCGAUUACGGUUGCUUCCCAUGCGACGACAUCGACCUCUUCAGUUCGUGCAGUGGACACUGCACGCUGCGCCGAACCAUCCCAUCAUGCUCGACGUUCUCAGACGCAUUCUGCGAGCUACCGACGUGUACCGUGCUUACGAGAUCGAGCAACAGCGCGAUGCGCACAGCGAUGGCUGGGGCUGGGGCGACAAGUCUGUUGAAGCCAGGAAGGAACAGGCCAAGAUGAGAGAGGCUCAUGUGUCGAACCCCUGGGAUGCAGUGUCGAUGUCAUGGAAGUGGCAAGCUGGUCAUUGGAGGUUCGGCUGGGAUCUUCUUUCCAUUGAGGAAUGGACAGGGCCGGCUGUGUUCACUGACGCAGUCGUCAGCUAUCUCUACGCUUCAGCGGGUGUAAGGCCAGAAGAUCUAUCGUUGCUCAAGAAGCCAGUACAAAUCCGAGACGUCGUGAUUGUGCCUUCGCUAGGCUUCAAUCCCACAAAUCAUCGCAAAGAAGGUGUCAGUAGGCUGGUUCAUUUGUUCCGCGGCUCUUGGAAGGGUUAG